GUUCCCCAAAUUCCUCCUAUACUUUUCGUUGUAACCAAAAUUAUAUUAGAGAGGAGCGAUAACAUUCAAACUAAGCAAAAACAUGGCAUUAAACUACAUUUGGGAUCUGUGGAACAAAUGGAACAUCCAAGGCUUUGUCAUACUGAGCAUCUCGCUUCAGAUCUUUCUCAUUCUAUUUGCACCCCUUAGAAAGAAAAUAGCGAACUGCCUCCUUAAUUUCCUCUUGUGGUUGUCCUAUUUGAUGGCUGACCGGGUAGCCAUAUUUGGGAUCGGGCUCAUCUCUCACAACAAAUGCAAUUCGGCAACUUGUACAACUGAAGUAGAUGGAGUUCUUCAAGCAUUUUGGGCCUCAUUUCUCUUGUUACAUCUUGGCGGUUCGGACACCAUCACGGCGUUCUCCCUAGUGGAUAGUUCGCUUUGGCAACGGCACCUGCUCAAUCUUGUCUUCGAAGUCUGUGCUACCAUUUAUGUCUUCGUGCAGAUAUUUCCAAGCGACAAGUCAUUGAUGAUCCCAACGAUACUGGUGUUUCUUGCCGGGGUCAUAAAAAAUGUGGAGAGGACACUGGCACUUUAUUUAUCAAGCCUUCCAAGGCUCAAGGAAUGGGUGCGCCCACGGGAGCAACCAUCGGGGCAUGCUACUCUUGUCAUAGAUAAAGGUAAUGGUAUGGUUGAAGAACUCUCUAGUAUAGGGAAUGAAUAUUCUGAUCAAAACAAAGCAUACCUUGCCGAGAGCAUUGCGGUGAAACAUGCUUACGUGUUCUUUGACAUCAAUAAGGUCUUACUCGGAGAUCUCCUCUUUACAUCCGACCAACGCGAAAUCAGCCGCAAAUAUUUCUACCAAGUUCCUGCGUUGGAUGCCUUGAGGGUGAUAUCAAUCGAACUCCAAUUCAUGUACGAGAUGCUCCACACAAAAGCGUUGGCAAUAAGGUCCAAGUGGAGCUACAUUUUCCGCUUCAUAGCCUUCACUAACGUUGCGAUAGCCUUUGUCCUGUUCAAUCACUUGAAGAAGCAUCGGCUCUCUAAACUCGAUGUGGAAAUUACUUAUUCCCUUCUUUUUGGAGGGAUUGUUCUUGAUGUGAUAACUCUGUUUAUGCUCGUUUCAUCCGAUUGGACUGUUGCCAGAAUCAUGUGGUGCAACCGAGGAUCACAUAAACUAAAUUUGAUUCUUCACAAGUUAGUAUCCGUCAUGGAUCGACUGAGGAAGCACCGAUUCGUCCCAUGUGAAGCAGAGCCUAACACCAGUGUUGCUUACGAAGUCUUAGAUACACAUUUAAUAUUUAGAAGAUGGUCAGAAUCGAUUUCUGCUUGCAACCUCUUAUCCCUGAGUUUGACAGAGAGUCCGAGAAAGAUUUAUAAGCUUGAUUGGGGCUGGGGCAUCAUCGCUUUUUCUAAAAUCUGCAGUUUCCCAUUGAAGAACAUCAAUUUAAUUCUUCGAGUUGGUAAGGAAAUUGCCAGAGCGUGUGGUCUUCGUAAGAGAGUAGCGGAUACAAUGUUCGUGUCCAAGAAUCCCUUCAUUAAGGAGUUAUGGAUCUUUAUUUUUGAGGAGGUGAAACGUAAAUCCGAGAAAUUGAGUGAUCUGACAGAGGUGAGGGUGAUACUUGAGACUAGAAGUGGUAUGUUUCUCAAGAGUAGACUGGAAGAGAUCGAUUGCGAAAAUCUUUUAGUGUAUAUCACCAAGCUUAGUUAUGGUGGCAGUAUUAUAAUGUGGCAUAUUGCUACGGAAAUAUGGUACAACAAAGAGAAACAAUGCGUGAGAGAUGACAAAAGGGAAUUCAGCAAGUUCCUAUCCGACUACAUGGUCUAUCUUUUAUUUAAUCAGUCUAAUGUGGUGUCCGCCGUGGUGGGCGUUGCCCAAUUUACAUUAGACGUAAUUUUAUGGGAUCUACGCUACAUGGGAGCCAACGAUUUAGAGGGGCUAUGCGCGGCAUUGUUCGAGAAAAACUCGUCAGGAACCUCGUUCGACGCGGGGAUCCGUUUGGCCCACGAGAUGGAAAGGCUUGGGGAAAGGAAGUGGGAGGUGAUGGGCGUGGUGUGGGUUGAGAUGUUGUCAUAUGCAGCAAGUCAUAUUAAGGGAGAGGCACAUGUGCAAGUGCUUCGCAAAGGUGGAGAGCUUCUUGCCUUUGUUUGGCUAUUGAUGGCUCAUUUCGGUUGUCUCUACAAUCCUGAAUGGGGCUUAUUUUAUGGAGAACGGGAUGAGCUAAUUUCGGAGAUAUUAUCAGAUGCACAACCGCCAUCUUUGUGAAUUUCAUCACGAGAUGCCGAGUAAUGGAUAAUUAUCUAGACGGCAAGCCUUCGCUUAGCGAAUUUACGAUUCGUUGCAACGCUAUCGAUUCAAUCGGUUUCACAUUUCUUGUGUGAUUGUGUGUAAAAUAAUGUAGAUUCUUGUUGUAUUUUGUGAUGGAAGCUAUAUUUCGAUUGCUAUAGAAUAAUCGAUACGAGAUUUAGGACUAUAUGCGAUUUUAUAUUUGUGAUUUGUGUUUUCAUGUAAUUCCUGUGCGAAUAAAAUAAUG